ACAACAANGUAUAGAACUAUACUAUCAUUGUCUCAUGGAUGUGAGGUCCCAGAACUUGAGUUUCACUGCUAACCCUUCUGCAAAUGCUUUCAAGAAUUUGGGUAGCUCGAUGCAAGUUGAAGUAACGGAAGCUGACUGUAGUACAAAUGAUAUCUUACAAUUUGAUUCCCCUAGUUCUUCAAUUUCAAAGGGAAUGAAAAGAAAGUGGGGUUUAAUUGAUGGAUAUAUUGGGCAAAGCACUUGCUCUUCUAUGUUUCUUGGACUUGGACUUUCAACAAGUUCCUCUGACAGCAAGGAGAGUUCAGCUACUUCUUGCACUGCUAUAUCUUCAGUCAAAGAGAUUGAUGAGCAAUCAUCUAUGCCUAUGGAUAUUGAACUGGACUUUACCCUUAAUCUUGACUGUGAGAAGGUAGAGAGCCCGAAAAAACUUGUUAGUUCAAAUUUGAAGAUAGUUGAGUUGCAGCCAAAACUUGAUUUGGAGUUAAGCCUUUCCACACAGCCCUCCAAAUCGGAUAUUACCAGUGUUUGUGUAAGUCCCUCUCAGUCUCCACCUCUUCAGUUGAACUUGGAGAUCCCAUUAGUACUCAGCACGACACCACCAAAUGUAGAUGAGGGAUCAACUUCAUGUAGAUUGAAACUAGGGCUUGUUUCACUUGAUCCAGGUGCUAGUGUAAUGUUAAACCGGACCGAAAAGAAGGUUAUGGAUCCCUCACCUAACAAACUGAAAAAAAAUUUAACCUGUACUUCUAGACUAACACAGCUAAAACAACCACUACACUGCAACAGCAAUUCUACGACAUGUCAAGUUGAGGGAUAUGGAAAGGGAUACCAAGGUGCUUCUGGACUUUGUAUAUCUCAUGGUGGUGGCAGGAGGUUUAACAAAGCCGGAAGCAAAAAAGGAGCCGAAGGCUGGACGUUGCACUGCAAGUCUUGUGGAGGAGGCAGGCGAUGUGAAUAUUUUGGCUGCACUAACAGCACAGUAGGACAUACAAAUUUCUGUAUUGCUCAUGGUGGUAGCCAGCGAUGCAGUCAUCAUGAGGGAUGCAUCCAAGCUGUCCGUGGGAAAUCUGGAUUGUGUAUUUGGCAUGGCCGUGGCAAGAGACAUCAAACAGAAAAAUGUACUAAGAAUGCAGAAGGCUUAGCUGGUCUGAGCAUCUCAUAUGGUGGAGGGCAUCAAUGUCAAGCUUCUGGUUGCACUAAAGGGGCACAGGGAAACACUAUGUUCUGCAGAGCGCAUGGUGUGGAAAAACGCUGUACAGCACCAGGGUGCACCAAAGAUGCUAAGGGGACCACUCCACUUUGCAAAGGCCAUGGUGGAGGAAAAUGCUGUGCAUACCAGGGUGGUGGAAUUUGUACCAAAAGUGUGAAUGGAGGUGCCAACUUUUGUGUGGCACAUGGAGGUGGAAUGAGGUGUGCUGUACCUGAUUGCUUGAAAAGAGCUAGAGGACGAGUUGAUCUUUGUGUACGUCAUGAGGGAGGCAAGAGAUGCAAGUUUGAAGGGUGUGGAAAGGGUGCACAAGGUGCCACCAACUUUUGUGAGACACGUGGAGGAAGGAAGAGAUGUUCUUGGGGACAUCCUGAGUCAGAAUAUAUCAAUCAACAGGCCGACCCUUCUUAUUCCUUGGCAAGGGGGAAGACAGCUCCGUCCGCACUUCAUAGUGGGCUAGUGCUGGAUAAGAGAGUUCAUGGAGGCGUAUCCUCGGGACCAGUUAUUCAGGAUACUCGUGAUAAACUGGGCGAACUGAAGCAGAUUGUCAUUAACCAAGAUAUGGAUGUGGAUAUGAUCAAAAUGGGUAACCCACAGAAAGAUGGUGUGACAACCUGUUCUGAUGCUAAACUAAAUGAAGUUGCCAGUACUCAUCUUCCACCGGGGGAAGAAGAUCAUACAUCAAUGUUGGUAGCUGUUCCCGAAGGCAGGGUGCAUGGUGGAAGUCUGAUGGCAAUGCUGAAGGGGAAUUCUAGCCUUGGGAAAGGCCUAUUGAGUGAUCCCUCAGAGAUAAAUAAAAGCUUGCAUGGUGUCCCAGAAUAAAAUUUGAGGCUAGUUAUUGCUUUUGUUGCCUUCCACUCACUUCAGAAAUUUAUCUUCGUGUUUACUUCUAACCUCUAAGUUUGAAUUGAGUCGUUGUCUGAUAUCUGUCUGUCGUGACAACGGAGAGAAACGAGUGGAAGGUAUGGAAGGGUAGGACCUUAUACUUUGAUUCGGUAGUUGGUGCUUUUCUUUCUUUCCUCAUUUCUCCUUGUGUACAUGUUAUCUAUCAAUUUGUGAGAGCAGGUUGUUACGAGUAAAGUCUGUCAGUGUGACCUUGUAUAAUGUUUUUAAGAAUGUCUCUUUAAUGAAUGAGAUAUAACAUGCUAUAGCACUUCUU